GAUGUGAAGGUAAAGAUGAUUCAAACAAAGAUCAAGAAUUAAAGCAUUACGGCUGAAAGAAUGACAACGUCUAAAUGGAGGACAGAGUGAGAGAAAAGUAGCAACUUUCGGUGUUGUUCAUUCUUCAAGACGAUCAAUGAGCGCUAAAACCUAGCAAGCAUCCUUUCCUGUGCGUCUAUUCGCGAUAAACAGCGGCGGCACGGUACCUGAUGAUCUGAUGAUUUGUGCAGUGGGCACAAGCGGCACCCAACAGUGAACGCAUAUGGAGAUGCUUCCUAACUAAAGUGAUUCGGAUAAAUCAAGACGUAGCCAGACUGCACUAACGACCGCACUGAGCGUUUAUUGUGCGAUCCCCACCCUGUCAUAAAAUAACCAGGCUUGUGUGUUCUUUGUUAUAGCUUUCCAUUUAGGUUGGGCGUUGCCUGAUCUCCGGUUGACGAUAUACCGAAUGAUAGCUGUGGAAGUUUUCAUACAUGAAAAUAUUAAAAAUCUCAUUACUUCAAAAAAUCAAUUCCUGGAACUGAAGAACCAGAAGAUAGCCUGAAAGCAGCUCGAUAGCUUGCUCAGUGAUCGUUUGUUAGAUCGUGCAAUGGAAGACCUGGAUCCGACAGAAGACGACGAGUUCUGGGAAAGUAACAGUUCGCAUUGGUGUGGAUGGUCAUGUCGCUACACGGUCGCUCCUGCUUUAGCCGUUGGAGCUGUCGUAAACGCAGCCCUAGCUUGCGUACUCGCCCGCCGAAAGCUUCCCCUUUCUGCAAACGAACUAUUUAUGCUCGCUAUCGUACUCAACGAACUUGCCUAUACGGUGGCCUUCCUCUGCGACUAUUAUCUCUUUGGCCAAUUCAUGCAGACGUACAGUGGCCUGCACGAUCCGAUUUGGUUUUGUCGGCUUCGUUUCCUAAUCUAUGAGUCGUCGAAGGUAGCGUCACUCGGAUUACCGGCGCUGUUCGCUCUGCACGAGGCAGUUACGCAUCAGCGUUCCGCCUCGACGUCUCCAUUGGUCGCCUUUCUGUUCCGGCAUCGAGUGUCACUUGUUGUCGAUUUUAUUAUAAUAUGCGCUGUGCUUGCAACACCUAUCUUCUUCGUACUCGGUCAGCGGCAUCCUUCAGAAAGUUGCUCUUUUUUGUUCUUCAAAGCAGAGGAAAGGGCGAUCUCUAUUAUUGGGAUGAUCUGCACUAAGAUUCGUUUUGGUCUUCUGAUCGUCUCACUUCUCACCCUCUGGAUCGUUGCUAUCUACCUUUACGUCAAGGCAACGAUAUCGGCAUCGGUUCCUGCGCGUCUCAUAAGUUUCUGGUCUGAACAGAAACUUGUCAACUGUCUCACCAUCAAGAAUACACUUUUUGUCAUGCCAUUUGCCGUAAUGAUUGAAAUACGGAUGUUGCAUAUUAAUGUUCCUUAUUGGGUGGAGGACAUUUGUGAUAUGGCUCUCUUGCUAAACUUCAUCGCAAGUGCCCCAAUUUUCCUGAUUAUUCAGCCCGAGUUGAGGUUUUGGUGCAAAUGGCGAUGCUGCGCGUGUGCCCCAAUCAGUAGGGCUUUGACAAAUCUAGCAACUGGCAGUCGCAGAAAACUGUACCAGGAUCAACAGCAGCAGCAGCAGCAGCAGCAACCGACUGCCGGAAACGAGGUAGAACGUGCCAACAUUUGAGGCUCUAUUGUAGUAAAAUACUAGGACAAGCAGGAAUCGUGCUCGACCUAGACCAGCUGCGACUUUGGCCAGCUUCAUAUGGGAAUGACAAAUCAAUUGCGCAUCUAUAUCAAUCUUCAAAAGAACUUUAAAAAGACUAAUAAAGGAUCAACAACGCGCA